CUGACGGUGACGUGGGCGCAGGGUGGCAUGCAACUGCAAGGAGACGCCUCCGCAGACGACGACGACUCCGUCAAGGGAAGGUGUGGACGCGCCGGCAGCCUGGCAGCGACUCCAGGUGAGAAACUUCUAGAACUGCUCCGACCGAGCGCCGGCACGCCACGGCGACACUCCACGGCGGCGUGUGCGCCCGCGCAGCCGCAGCGGCCCGCGGGCUUCGUGUACUGCCCGUCCGACGCGCUGCCCUACUGCCCACCUUCCAGGAUUGCACCGCCAAGGCCUAUUAUGAAGCUCCAGCCACCGCCGCAACAAAUCCAGCCAGUCCAGCCACAGCCGCCGCCCGUGCCACAGCGUACAACCGCAACAGUCGCGCCCACGCCCCUGCCAGUGCCGCCGCCCGCGCCCCCGCGCCGCUCCUCCCCGCAGCCGCCCCGCCGCGUGCCCCCGCCGACACCACCUAGACCCCCAACCACAACGCCACAAGUAGACCCCAACGGCAACAGAAGAACAGUCGCCCCAGUGCAACCACAACCCCGACUCGACUGCAACAGAAAUCCACAGCCCCUUUCCGCCAGAAGAGCACCUCCUCAGAGAAUUCCUGAUUCAACGCCAUUCACUCCCGCGCCGUUACCCCCUCAGAAUACAGUCCAGCCUAUGAAACGGUCUCCUAGUUCGGGGUCUAAUAUCAGCGUCCGUCAGGACUCCAACGUAUCUUCGGACUCGUUUAGUCAGACCUCCUCCCCGUCAUACACGACAAAGACUAUGGAGGCGCCACUACUACCGCACCAGCAUGUGAACAAGAGCCUCAACGCGAAGAUAGCGCGGGGGCUGUUACUCAAGGAACAGCAGGACCGAGACUCGGGAAACGGCUCCAUCACCAAGAGUAUGUCCACGCCGGCCUCGCUACAGACUAUCGUCAGAUUUCAAAAUGGCAGCAACAUGUCCUUGCACCAUCGAAUGCUCCGUGACAUGCGGGGUGCGAGCACAGACCCGAACCCCCACAAGUUCAGACUGAUGCAGCUGGCACUGAAUGCAGUAGCUCUCCUCGCCAUCACCGGCGCGCUCUUCGCCUACUUCAGAGCUAACCCGGCAGUACAGUACGUAUCACAAGUGGUGAACCGAUCAACAGUGGUAACGUGGCCGGCACCCACCGACCCGCCCGGCGCGAGGAACCCGGCGCCCGGGGUCUGUCUGCCAGUCAUCGUGAACUUCUGCCAGCAACACAGGAUACCAUACAAUUUCACCGUGUUCCCUAAUUACAUCGGACACUUCGGACAGAGGGAUGCUCAGCAGGACCUAGAGGUAUACGAAGCAGUAGUAGACGUCCGUUGUUACGACCUGACGGCACUGUUCCUAUGCUCACUGUUCGUGCCCAAGUGUGGACCCCUGGGCCACAUGGUGCGACCCUGCAGGAGUUUGUGUCAUGAGACGAUGCGUCGGUGUGGCUUCUUCCUGGAGGUGUUUGGUCUGACGAUGCCGGACUACCUGCAGUGUGACAUUUUCCCGGAGUCCACUGACACGGACGUCUGUCUCGGGAACAGAGAGGUGAAUGAUGCGAGGUUCAGAGAUGCUAUGCCAGUAUGCCCGACGGGUUUCCAAUGCGACGUGCGCCGCUGCAUCCCUUUGGACUGGCGCUGCGACGGCCACGUGGACUGCGCCGACCGCUCCGACGAGCUCAACUGCAGAGUCUGCAAGCGCAGCGGUGAGGUGCACUGCGGCAACCAGCGGUGCAUCUCGCAGGCGCACCUGUGUGACGGGAAGGUGGACUGUCCUUGGGGACAGGAUGAAAGGAAUUGCUUGCGGCUAAGUCAAGCGAACGGCGACGUGGGUCGUGGCGAGCUGCAAGUGUACCGCGCCGCUAACCACUCCUGGUUCCCCGCCUGCAUCAACACAUUAGACCGGGACACCGCCUUCAAGCUGUGCUCCAUCCUCGGAUACUCGUUCCUAAACAAAAGUCAAGCGGUGAUCAACGAGAGCAGACCAGCAUUGAGCAGUAUAAAAGCAGCUGUGAACGUGAGCGCGACUCCAGGUCCUCGCGCGAGCUUCAUGCAUGAGCACGGGGCUGCGCAGACCUACCGCGCCUUUCUGAGAAGUCAGGGGGGACUGUUGAAAGAGCUGAAGGAGUGCAGGCCGGACUCGCCGAGAGUGCACCUCAUUUGUGAUAAUUAUGAAUGCGGCAAGCGUCGUACAAUAGGCGUGGCGACAAAACGCAUCGUGGGUGGCGUGGAAGCGUCCCCGGGCGACUGGCCCUUCCUGGCUGCCAUACUUGGUGGACCUGAGGAAGUUUUCUACUGUGCUGGUGUGCUCAUAGCUGACCAGUGGGUGCUUACCGCUGCGCAUUGUGUUGGCAACCACACGGACGUGAACGGCUGGACGAUCCAGUUGGGCAUCACGCGGCGUCGCUCACACGCCUACUACGGCCAGAAGGUCAAGGUCAAACGCGUGGCGCCGCAUCCGCAGUACAACUCCGGCAUCGCUCAUGAUAAUGAUAUCGCGCUCUUUCAGCUAUCAGUCCGAGUCCGCUACCACGAGCAGGUGUCUCCAGUCUGCCUCCCUCCUGCCAACCGAGUGCUGAAGCCUGGCACGCUGUGCACUGUCAUCGGCUGGGGAAAGCGGGACGAUAAAGAGUUAUCAGAAUACGAGCCAGCAGUGAACGAAGUGGAGGUGCCAGUCCUGAACCGGGACCUGUGCAACCAGUGGCUUGAACACAGAGACCUUAACGUCACGGAGGGCAUGAUCUGCGCCGGCUACCCCGAGGGCGGCAAGGAUGCUUGUCAGGGUGACUCAGGCGGGCCCCUGCUGUGCAAGGACCCGGACGACCCCAUGCGCUGGUACGUGGGCGGCAUCGUGUCUUGGGGCAUCAAGUGCGCGCACCCGCGGCUGCCCGGCGUCUACGCGUAUGUGCCCAAGUUCAUACCCUGGAUACACCAGCAGAUCGCGCACUACAACGACGACAACGCUAAGUCAGAAGACAUCUAAGAUGGAAAACACGUGACAUCACUUGCGAAUAUAUAAAACACAAAUGAAGACAAAUAUUCCCGAAACAUGAAAUUAGCGACAAUAUUUAUACACUUACCUUUUAUAUUGUUUUAAAACUUUAUACACAUUCGAAGAUAGUAAUGAAAAUAAUUAUACUUUUAGAACUUAAGUAGUGAAAUCAAGCUCAUAAAAUAUUGUAAUUUAUUAUUCUUAAGUGGUGUCAAUAUUAACUUGACAAUAAAAGACUCCGCACAUUUUGCAGAGCACUAAAAUUAUGACAAUAAAUAUUUUAUAAUGACAAUAAAUUAAUUAAUGGUGACAAUAAUAAAACAAUUAUAUACAAUCGUAACAUAUGGUAGGUAAGUCAAUUUUUCAAGAAAACCUAAUAAAUGGACAAUAAAUAUAUACACGAGUUCCGGCUCUAUGUUGUGUCUUGGGGAGUUGACUUAAAUAUUGCUUUCGAUUACGUACGACAUAUGGCUAAAUAUUUUCACAUAUCACUCGUAUAUCGCGUGAUGUAAAUUAUUUGAAGCUGUGAUAGUAAAUCAUUUAUUAUGAAGCGAACAAGUCGAUAUUGUAUUAAAGUUUACCCGUGACUUGAGAGUUCACUUUACAUUGUGGCUGGGCGCGCUCGCGUCCCUCGAUACUUUUUCUCGGGGUAGUCAGUCAUUAUAUCGGUGACCUAGGUAUUAAUUAUAAUAAUUAUAUACAUAUAUAUGAAAAAUCUGUUUUAAAAUUUUAUACGUAAGCUGCUUUUAUAAGUAAUGUAGUGUUCUCGAAGCUUUAGCAGACUUUUAGGGAGAUUGUUUUAAUAUUGACUUUCUUUUCGUUAUUUUCUAUUCUGUGUUAGUCAAUAGUGGAGGGUGGUCCUUAUUCGCGACGCGACUGUGGACGACGCACGAAUGUGGACCAUCAUAGAACUUAAGUGUAUGUUUGUUUGAUGUUUGAUGUUAGUAGUUUAGGGGAAAGUGCUUUUAUAGAAUAAAAAUAAAUCCCAUUCACUUGGAUGCAGGUUAAAAAAAUAAAUAAUAGACGAUCACUGUUUAAUAAUAUAUUGGUGUUAAACUAUGCUGUUCUAAAGUUCUUCCUUAAUGACAAUAAAUUAUAAAAUAUGUUGAGUUUAUAUAGGUACGAUAUAAUCGUCACAAAUAAGGAAUAUACAUAAAUACCUAAUAAACAAAGACAAUAAAAUUUAAAUAAAAAUUGUUUUGUGACAUUUGGUCGAACGGUUGAACAAUGUGAAGUCAAAAUGCUACUCGGCAAUGACAAUAAUAAUUUUUGACAACAUAUUUACCAACAGAUGUAGUAUAAGCUUUGUUAUUAUACAAUUUAGAUACUUCUGUUUCAGUAUUUCAUAGGUAGUGUGACUUUUUUGAAAACCUUGAAAUUAAUGGAUCUUGUAAUUAUAUUAGUGAAAUAGCUUUAAUAGAUUUUAAGAGAUCAUAAUAUUAUUAGAUAACAGUAGACGUAGGUGUGGUAAACAAUUUUUAAAGUUAGGAAAGAAAUAUACUUAGUUCCUUUUAUAUGGGUAAUAUUUUAAUUUCUCGUAUGGUCUGUAGAUAUCCUGCGGUCCUUUGGGGUCUCGCAAAAGAAGUGGUUAUAGCACAAAGCUAUGCUCAAAGUAACAUAGGUAUAUUUAUUAUAAGUAUAGAAUGAAGGACAUUAUGUUAACGAUGUGAACAUAAAUUAUUUUACAACUAAUUUAAAACACAUAAAAAAUAUCACUUCAAAAAGGUCUGCUAACUCUGCAGACAAGCUAUCUCUGAAUUUUAGAACAAACUAAAGUUUGUGCAGUAUAUAGGCUGAAGAAGGAUAAUUUUAGACUUUAUUGAAUUUUAUGAUUGUAAAGUAUAUGUAUAAUGUAUGCACAAAUCUAAAUAGUUCAUGUUCACAUCGAGAUAAAUAUAUAAUUCUACAUUUACAUGCAAGUAUGGUUGUUGACUUCUUAUGAGUCUCCUUUUCUCGAGCUUUCAAUUAGUAUUACGAGAGUAAAGAAUAUAUAUGUCAAAACAAAAAUAUAUCAGAUGUCUAAAUUAUCAGUUUUGUUAAUAUAAAAGGAGUUAGGUUCAAAAAAUAUUUAAUAGAAAUAAAAUGUCGGACUUAUCCUUUUCUACGUAGUGACUGAAUUAAAAUAAUUUGAUAAUGAGAACAGACUGAAAAACCCAUAGAACUCAAAUAAUUAGGCAGUUUGAAAGUACUCAUAGCCAAAAUGUUUAUAAUAACUAAAUUAAAAUAUUUUGUCUGUUCUCGUUUUCAUUAAAACUAGGUGUAAAACUUAGCUAGUAAGUUAGGCUAGUUAUACAUAAAUAAAUUAGUCUCUAUUAGGGCCAUGCUUUAGUGUUCUGUGACAUCUUAUGAUACUUGUGAUCUCUGCAUUAUGAACUCUGCAUUAUAGUACUCAGUAUGUUUGCUAAGUUUAUUUUCCACUCGCCUUUAUGAUUGCAACUUUCUAACGACAUUUCUUAAGCACAAUUUCUUCUAUUUAAAUAAAUAUUGGGUGAACUGGGCGGUUGGCGUGGUAGCGUAGAAGUACAAAGACUGAUAAAAGAACGAAGUAACACUUGUUUCUGUAUGAACAUCAAUUUUCACCAACCGGUUGCGAGAUACAUAACAUUCACUUGAUAUUUGACUUUAGCUCCACUUCCCCUAACUUCAAUUUAUACAUAUACAUAUAUUUACAAAAAUCCCUAACAUUAUCAGAUAUAGCAGAAUACUUCGAUUCAAAUAGGGAUGAACAUCAUUUUUACUAUGAUUUAAUUUGAAACAGGCGAGCACUUUUGAUUUGUUCUAGUCUGUCCAAGUAACUUCUGUAGUAGCGAAGCUUACUUUAUAGAGAUGUGUCUCAAACGAUACUAAGUUCGUUAAUGAAUUAUAAAUAAACAUAAAAAUGCAUUGGUAUUUGGCUUUAUAUAGAACAUGUGUGGAAUAUGCAUGUUCAGCUCUAAAUGUUUAUAUGAACGUAGUCUUACAUGUUUAAAUGUACAUGUAUUGCGUAUAUUGUAUACUGUUGUAGAUUAUAAUUGCUGUUGGAAAAUAAAAUCUAUGGUAGACUAAAUUGUGUCGUGUUCAAAGCAUAUCUUCUCCGAGUCAGCAGGUUUGACUCCAACCCAUAGUGAUAGGUAAUAAAAUGAUUAGAUACAUACGUAUUUGUAAAGAAAUAGUGACUAUCGUAAUUAGCGACAAUAAAUAUUUUGAUAAUGAACAAAUAUAUAUAUAAUUCUAAAUUUCUACUGGUUACAUAGUGGUUAAGUUUUCAUAUAAUAUGAAUAGUACGAAGGAGUUGUUUGUAACAAAAAGUAUUCAGUUGCACCUAUGAAAGUGAUGAAGACCUAACCACUAAAUAUCCCUGAACUUUAUACCUUAUCCCUAAAGCUUGGAACUUGAAUUACAUUGCUUUAUUCAACUUAAUUUACUUAGUCAGUCCCAGAUGAUUUCAUCGAAGCCAUGCAUUUCAGGCUAAAAUAACGGUUGUGUAUUUUUAAUGUUUAGUGAUAAAUACGUCACUAGUAUGACGUCACUGUUUAGUGCUCGCAUCGGUGUACACUGGCCCCUAUUGAAUGUUGAUCGUUGUAGAAAAAUAUUUAUUAGAUACUAAUGAGUGUUUCUUUCCUCUUUAUAUACUGUAUACUAGCUGGAACUGUUUAUUUUAUAAAUAUAACCUGUUAGUACACUGCCAAUGAAAUAUAAUAAACCUGAUAAGGUUGAUAACCUUAGGUACCAUACUAAGAAAAUUCAUGAGUUUUUCAGAAUCUAUACAGGCUGGUCCUCGAAUGUUGUUCAUUUUAGAUUUAUAAGUAUGGUAUGAGAAUUAUUUCAUUGGCAGUGUGCAAUAUUUGAUUUGAGACUCAUUUCGAAUCUGUUGAAAUCUUUAGAUAUUUUUAUACCUAUGUAAGUCUUAUGAAAGCUUAGAUAUUGUCAAUUUCUCGCCAACGAGUAUUAUAUGCGAAAAAUUUCAAUUAAUAUCAAUUACAUAUACUUCGUAUCCUAAUUGAUUAAUUUUACAUAUCUCUUACUAAAAAUAAAUAUAUCUUUCGAUCUAUCGAGACAUCAUUUAGCUUAUUUUUUAUAGUAAGAGAUAUUUUUAAAGUAGUCAAAGACAAUAAAAGUGAUGAGACAAUAUAUCGAUGGAAGACAAUUCCGUAGUCUAUUAUUUUGUUGAAUUUCUGUAUUUUCCCAACAUCUAGACUUAUGAAUCAACCUUCGUAGUUUAGAUAUUUGUCAUUAAGAAAUUAGAUUGGAGUAAUAUAAUUGGGACUAGGGUAAUGUGACAGAAAAAUUGUUUAAUUGUCUUUGCUAAAAUUAUAGUUAUUGUAGAAAAGUUUUGUCAGUCAGGAAUACCAUUUUUUUUUUCUUAAAAAAAUCGUUAUCACAUCUGCAUAGGUAUAAACUUUGUUUAACCCCGAAUAGUUUUUAGCACUAGUCCCAACUCUAUUACUAAAAUCUACAAAAAAAUAUAAUUAUUUAGAAACGUAAUAGAUACGCACAAGUUACUCUGUACUAUAAAGCCAGUAUUUUAGAUUUUGGUUUAUAUACAAACUCAUUACUGUGGAAUACGUGUUAAUUGGUGUUACGUGUUAGGGAGGUGUUGCUUUCACAGCUCUUUGUGAUUCCUGUUUUUAUACGAUCCUGUAAACUUAUGUGCUUCAUAUAAUUAGUGUUAUCAUAAUUAAUUGUAGAUUUGCAGUCUUAUGUGAUUUGUUUUGGUAAAGAUUAAGGCAUUCAAAAGCGAUUUGUAAUACAGAUGUCCAAAAUUAUGUUUGUACAAGCUUAUUUUUAGAUUUUUCCGUAUUAAGAGCCAAAAUGAAACUUCGUAGUCAAUUGACGAUUUAAAUAUUAAUUUUGAUUUUUUACAAACAUAAAAUUGCCACAAUCUUUACCAAGGCCAUAGUUUUGAACUGAUUCGCACAAAUUGGACAUAAUAUGAGUACGUCAUACAUAAGUGUAAGGUUGUUGAGUUGUCUCGUACAGAACAUUUAGUAUCGUCGUUAGUUUGUGGCGAUCUCGCGUGCUUCUACCCCUUUGUGUAGCUUUUACUUUGUUCCUCAAGCUUCAAUUAAAUAUUAUAAUAAAU